AUGCCAGCUCCAAUCCCAAGCUUCCUCCUACCAGGAGGUCCCCCAACAGCCCUAAUGCUGCGCACCCUCCAGCGCCAAAACGCGCGCAGCUUCAGCUCGACCAGCGCGGUGCUCAAAAAAGCCUCAACCCCCAAACCCCGAGUCCUCGCCAAACCAGACCGCUUCCGCCCCCCAUCUCACCCGCAGCGCAUCGUGCCACCCUCGCCAAAGGGCGUACCAGCAGGCCAGCCAUUCGAAUAUGGCCCACGCACAACAGAGAAAGAGCGCAUCGAGCAGAGCAAGACGCAAUACCCCGGCAUGUUCCCGCCAGAGGGGACAGUCAUGCACAGGUUCCUGACGAGCAAAUGGAUUCAUGUCUGGAUUGCGAUGGGCGUUCUCAUCUCCUGUGCGGGCUUUACAUUCACAACGAACUUCAAAGCAACGUCUCCGUUCGCGCAUCUCCUCCCUCCCUGGUCGGGUCUGUUGACUUCCCCGUUCGGCACGAUCUCGCAGGCAUUCUCUGUGUGGCGGAUGCAUGUGCAGCAUAAUUCUAUGCGGGUGCGGGAGCAGCGCCAUCGCCGGGUUGAGGAUGCUGAGAAGAGGAAGCAGUACCGUAUUGCGCAUGGGCUGGAGGAGGCGGAGAAGAAUGAGGCCGUUGAGGCUGAUUCGCAGUCCCCGGUUGCUGCGCCUGCCGCUGUGGGCAGUGAGGAGUAUAUUGAUUUCGAGGGGAAUAAGCGGCCCGUCAAGAAGUGGUUGGGGAUUUGGUGA